ACUGCCUUUGCUGGAUUUCGUAGAAGGGAAACCGAUGUGUCUAACCGCACCGAAUGGAAACUGACCAUGGUGGCUGAAAGUGCAUUGCUGGAAAACCUCUGCGUUCUUCUACCGGUGCAUUCAGGGGGCGAUGCAUGUGAAUUCCACCCGGUCGAGAGAAGUGGGGGAACAUUUGCUUUCCAGAACUCCACAGCUAAACAAGAUCUUGGCAAUGCCAACCGCUUGUCAACCAGUGUUUGUCAAGCCUCCAGAACAUGGCCUUCCAUCCUGGGAUGGGCUGAUGCACUUUCCUGGCAGAAAAUAUAAAUGGAAUAUCCUAGACAUAACAGACAGGCAUUUAUGUAAGAAAAGGCACUGUGAAUGUAACAAUAUGCUGAGAAUCGGACACCAGCCUACACAAUUCCUGCAUGCUUCGAGAGCAUGGACUAGCUCAGUGAUCCUGCCAGGCCACACAGAUAUGAAUGUUGAAGGCAUAACAAGUGUCAAGGAAUACCAAAUGCAAGAGACAAAAUGUAAAGGGUACAUACCCAGUUACUUAGACAAGGACGAGCUAUGUGUCGUUUGUGGUGACAAAGCCACGGGGUAUCACUAUCGCUGCAUUACUUGUGAAGGUUGCAAGGGUUUUUUCCGAAGAACUAUUCAGAAAAACCUUCAUCCAACUUACUCCUGUAAAUAUGAAGGAAAAUGUGUGAUAGACAAAGUCACAAGAAACCAGUGCCAGGAAUGUCGCUUCAAGAAAUGCAUCUAUGUUGGCAUGGCAACAGAUUUGGUGUUGGAUGACAGCAAGCGACUAGCGAAAAGAAAACUGAUAGAGGAGAAUCGAGAGAAGAGACGUCGGGAAGAGUUACAGAAAACCAUUGGGAUGAAACCUGAGCCAUCAGAUGAAGAGUGGGAGCUUAUCAAAAUUGUUACGGAAGCCCAUGUCGCCACCAAUGCACAAGGAAGCCAUUGGAAACAGAAAAGGAAAUUUCUGCCAGAGGAUAUUGGACAAGCACCAAUAGUAAAUGCCCCAGAAGGCGGGAAAGUAGAUUUAGAAGCCUUCAGCCAGUUUACAAAAAUUAUCACACCAGCAAUCACAAGAGUGGUGGAUUUUGCCAAAAAGUUGCCUAUGUUCUGUGAGCUGCCAUGUGAAGACCAGAUCAUCCUUCUGAAAGGUUGUUGCAUGGAGAUUAUGUCCCUCAGAGCAGCAGUUCGCUAUGACCCCGAGAGUGAGACUUUGACCCUGAAUGGGGAGAUGGCGGUGACCAGGGGCCAGCUGAAAAAUGGGGGUCUUGGAGUUGUAUCAGAUGCCAUUUUUGACCUGGGCAUGUCAUUGUCAUCAUUCAACCUAGAUGACACGGAAGUCGCUCUCCUACAGGCGGUACUGCUGAUGUCUUCAGAUCGUCCGGGUCUUGUCAGCGUCGAGAGAAUAGAAAAGUGCCAAGAGGGCUUCCUCCUGGCAUUUGAACACUACAUUAAUUACAGAAAGCAUCACAUUGCACACUUUUGGCCAAAACUGCUGAUGAAAGUGACGGACCUACGAAUGAUUGGCGCCUGUCAUGCUAGCCGCUUCCUGCACAUGAAGGUGGAAUGCCCAACAGAACUCUUUCCCCCUUUGUUCCUGGAAGUUUUUGAGGAUUAAAAAGACUGGAGAGGUUCUCGAAAAUCCUAUAGCACUACUGGGUGUCUGUCAUUUCAUUCCAUUGCCUAGUAUUUUCUCUCUUUCUUUUUUUGUGUGUCCAUUUCCAUUUUGUUCCACCUUGUUUUUUGUUUGGAGGAUUAUUUUUGAUAGGCACGAUUGAUGAUCUCCCUUCAAUGCGGGUACUUGUGACAAUUGCAUUUGUGUGUGUGUGUGUGUCCUUUUGAUGUGAAUCCUUUGAAAGUUUGACAUUGGGAAUACAAAUGAAUCCGUUUCAUUCACCAGCAUUCAGGUGCUCAUAAGCUCACACUCAUCACUGCUUGGAGAGAGGUGGGAAAAUAAGCUGAACUAGUAGAGAAACAAAUAGAUACUCAGAUCUUUAUAUUUUUUAAUUCUGCCAUAUUUUGUACAGUAUUAUCUCACUUUCAGGACACGAGGUAUUUGCUACAAUCUAGCAAGUGUUAGGCUCGCCUAAGUACCAGCUGAAAUCGAUAGGACUUAACCAUGCCUAACUUUCACCUGAUUGCAACCAUGGUUUUUAGUAGUUCUUAAGAGAGUGCAUCUUAAUUUAGCCAAAGACUUCCAUAAUUGCCAUCAUUGCUUUGAGAUCAGAAUGGGUAUCUUACAAGUAAAUAAAUAAAACCUUUUGUA